AUGGACGAAGGAUUCGAAAAAGGGCAAUCGGAUAAUCUACCUAAAAUAAAUGGAUUAAUGGUUGCUCAUUAUUUAUCAACAAAUAGUGAUUUUGUUGCCACCGAAAUGCGAGGGAUAAAAAUGCAAAGAUCGGCAAGAGACAGCUAUGGCGAUGAUGCUAUUGGUUAUGUUCAAGUAAAAAGAGUAGGUGAUGUAUGUACGGUUAAAUGUAGAAUCACGCCAGAACACCGCGUACGUACCACACCUUAUCAUUGCAGCUUAGAAUGUAAUGAAAAGGAUGAAGAAGUUUUAAAUGUAACCUGCGAAGAUUGUGCCGCCAGCAGAGGUGGCUGUAAGCAUACUAUAGCAUUUUUAAUGUGGCUACAUCGUCGAAGCGAGGAGCCUUCAACGACUGCUACCAAGUGUUAUUGGAAAAAAUCUAAGCUCUCAGGUAUUGGUACCACACUGAAAAUGAUUAAAGCUAAAGAUUUCGGUACAAGUGGUAUAACACUUCAUUCAGUCGGCCAGAAUGGAAAUAUUUUUUUUGACAAAAUGGUCGGGCCAGCCAUUCAAGGCGAUUUAUUUUCUAUUCUAUUGAGAUUUCGCGAAAAUACUUAUAUAGCCUGUGCCGACAUCGAGAAGAUGUAUAGGCAGGUGUUAGUCGUGGAAAAUCAACGCGACCUCCAGCUUAUAUUAUGGCGAAGCAAUCCAGAUGCACCCAUCGAGAGCUAUAGAUUGAACACGGUGACCUACGGGACUGCGUCGGCGCCUUUUCUAAGCAUAACGAAACGUGGUAUAUUAUCGAUUAUAUCUCAAAUUUUUGAUCCCUUAGGCUUGUUAAGCGCGACUAUAAUAUCUGUUAAAAUUAUAUUACAAAAAUUAUGGUUGUUAAAGAUUGAUUGGGACACAGAGUUACCUCACGAUGUGUCAAAUGAAUUUAAUAAGUUUUUAAAUAGUCUCAAUGAACUUUGUAACAUACGUAUACCGCGCCAUACAUUUGCUAGGUCUCACAUUCGUUCAGAACUACACAUUUUUACUGAUGCCUCUCAAGUAGCUUACGGGGCAUGUGCAUACGUACGUACCUUUACGCAAGAAGGUGUUACAAUAAGGUUGUUAUGCGCUAAGGGCAAAGUAGCCCCCUUAAAAACUUUAACUGUUCCUAGGCUUGAGCUGUGCGGCGCUAUAACGGGAGCUAGGCUUGCUGUGAAGGAUUUUUCCCCACUCACUCCUGCCCAUUUCUUGGUUGGUCGUCCACUGACGUCGCCUGCUAGUGAAGACUAUGAGCAAGCUGCACUUCAGCGACUCACGCGGUACCAACGAGUUGAGCAAGUCCGACAACACUUUUGGACCCGCUGGUCAAAAGAGUACGUUUCGGAGCUACAAGUGAGGACAAAGUGGAUGAAGAGUGGAGAUUCAUUAAAGGAAGGCACUCUUGUCCUUAUCAAAGAUGACAACAGCCCUCCGUUAAAGUGGAGCAUGGGCCGGAUCGUAUCUACGUUCCCUGGGAAGGAUGGAGUUUCUAGAGUUGCUGCCAAUAGAGUCGCAUCCGGCGCAAUUACACGGCGCGCCUUCUCUAAAAUUUGCCCGCUACCUCUGGAUGCAGCGGACAACGUAAACUCUUGGAAUUUGGAGCUUCCAAGGCCGGGGGCAUGUCAAGACGUAGAACGGAACGCCGCUUGA